AUGGAGCUCACCUACACCAUGUUCUUUUUGAAUCUCAGUCCAAUGCAGCAAUCUUCAAGGACUGUUCUUCAGUGUCCCAGACUGGCAUCCAGUGUGGAGGACCCACCGCUGGUGUCAGCACAUGCAGCUGGUAUCCCUAAACCAGCGGCAUGCUGCCGUGUUCCCCGAGGCGAUGGCGCCCGCUGCAGCUUCUCCAGAGCCGAGGAGGCUGCCUAUGAACUCUCAGCCCUGUCUGUCACAGCCAAGGACGCUGUCUGUGAAUUUCCUGACUGUUCUGUUGCGGCUGCAAGAGCCAUUCUGGAACUCUCAAACCAGCCUGUUGCGACUGAGGCCUUAAAUUUUUCCCUAGGCCCCAGUCCCCGCCAUGGGAUCCGGAUCACUCUGGUCCGCCGUGGUGGUCUUCUGCUCCGCCCUGGUGGGCUUCUGUCCUGUCUGCUCCGCUCUGAUUCACAAACUCAUGGAGCAAUCCACAAUCACUUCAUUGAGUCUGUUCAGCCUUUGAUUGAGUUGAUUGACUCUCUGAGGUUGAUCGGCAUUUAUAAGGAUAUAGAUCUACCAUCAAUUGCAGUGGUGGGAGAUCAGAGUUCUGGAAAGAGUUUUGUUUUGGAGGCACUUUCUGGAGUGGCUGUACCUCGAGGAAGUGUGUCUCCAGCGUUCCAGCGAUCCUGUCCCUCGUCGACCUCAUUCGUUCCCCGGACUCCUGCAAAGGAUCAACGGCAGGAUGGUCAGAGGUUGGAGCGAUAUGUGGAGGAAUUCCUCGAGCUUGCCAACCAGGUGAGCUGGCAUGACGCCGCUCUAGUCGAAGAAAUAAAGGCACAGUCUAAGUCUCGUCGUCCAGCCCCCUCUGGAACACGCCGAGUCUCCCCAGCUCACCUCCCGCCAGGAACCCCCACAUUCCGCGCCAACAGCUCCGACCACCUGCGCAACCCACAGAACCCCCGAGUCAUCCGAAGCUCCACAAUCGUCCUCAGCCCAGAAAGGCCUCCAGAGCACCCUCCAGUGCCAGUUCCUCGUAAGCGCUUCACAAUUCUUGAGUGUAGCCGACGGAAGGCUCCAGUUCCUGAGUAUAGACCACGGAGGGCUCCAAUUCCCGAAUAUAGCCCACGGAAGGCUCCAGUUCCCGACUCCCUACUGAAUCAUGGAAAAGCAUCUAUUCAAUGCCUGGCAGACAACCUGACCAAAGAAUUGGUUCAUCAUAUCAAGAAAUCAUUACCCUACUUGAUUGAGCAGAUACAGACUACACUACUUACUGUGGAAAUGGAGCUUAAAAACUACGAUCAGGGUCCACCUCUGGAAGAAGAGAAGAUGGGACCUUUUCUUAGUGAGAUAAUAAUGGAGUUCAGUGAUCAAAUAAAUGAACUGAGUAUAACAGGACAUUCAAAAGACCAAAACAUUUAUGCACUUCUACGUCCUGAGUUUAAGAAAUGGGAAAUGUACCUAAGAGGCACUGAAGUAUCAUGUAAGUCAAGAAUAUAUACAAUGAUAGACAAGUACAAUGAGAUGCAUCGGGGCAGAGAAUUGCUAACGUUCAGUGACUUCUGUGAAUUUGAAAGUGUCAUCAAAGAUCAUGUGGCAGCCCUUCGAGAUCCAGCUAUAGCAACACUGAAGCAUGUACAAGAGAUUGUUCAGAAUGUGUUCAGAGACAUAUGUUAUUCAUCGUUUGACCGGCACCCUCCACUGAGAUACACUGUCUCUAAAAUAACUAAUGACAUUCAUUCAAAACAAGAGGCCAAAGUGGAGAAAAGAAUCAAGGAGUUUAUUGAUAUGGAGCAACUGGUCUUCACUCAAGAUAAGGUAUUACAACAGAAACUCAAUGCCUCUGAUGUCCCUCAGAAGACUGGAAUGGACUCUUGUCAUGAGAACCUCUAUGAUGAUAAUGACACAAUUUUAAAUUCCAAAGGCUGUGCGUUGUUGGAUACAAGAUAUCUUGUACCAGACAAACUGGUUCUCUAUCAUGAGGCCAUCCAAGGUAGAUGA